GUGCUGGAGGUCGCUCAGCACCUGGGGGAGAACACCGUGCGCACCAUUGCCAUGGACGGUACGGAAGGGCUGGUGAGAGGACAGAAAGUUCUGGACUCUGGUGCUCCCAUCCGCAUCCCCGUGGGCCCUGAGACCCUGGGCAGGAUCAUGAAUGUCAUUGGGGAGCCCAUCGAUGAGAGGGGCCCCAUCACCACCAAACAGUUUGCUGCUAUCCACGCCGAGGCCCCUGAGUUUGUGGAGAUGAGCGUGGAACAGGAGAUCCUGGUGACAGGGAUCAAGGUCGUGGAUCUGCUGGCUCCCUAUGCCAAGGGUGGCAAGAUUGGAUUGUUUGGAGGUGCUGGUGUGGGCAAGACUGUGCUGAUCAUGGAGCUGAUCAACAACGUGGCCAAGGCCCACGGUGGUUACUCGGUGUUCGCCGGGGUGGGCGAGAGAACCCGCGAGGGCAACGACUUGUACCACGAGAUGAUCGAGUCUGGGGUCAUCAACCUCAAAGAUGCCACUUCAAAGGUCGCCCUGGUGUACGGGCAGAUGAACGAGCCCCCGGGCGCCCGUGCCAGGGUGGCCCUGACAGGGCUGACGGUGGCCGAGUACUUCAGGGACCAGGAGGGUCAGGACGUGCUGCUCUUCAUCGACAACAUCUUCCGCUUCACCCAGGCUGGCUCCGAGGUGUCAGCCCUGCUGGGCAGAAUCCCCUCGGCUGUGGGCUACCAGCCCACGCUGGCCACUGACAUGGGCACCAUGCAGGAGAGAAUCACCACCACACGCAAGGGCUCCAUCACCUCCGUGCAGGCUAUUUACGUGCCAGCCGACGACUUGACUGACCCUGCACCCGCCACCACCUUUGCCCACUUGGAUGCCACCACGGUGUUGUCCCGUGCCAUCGCCGAGCUGGGCAUUUACCCCGCCGUGGACCCCCUGGAUUCCACCUCCCGUAUCAUGGACCCCAACAUCGUGGGGCCUGAGCAUUACGACGUGGCUCGGGGUGUGCAGAAAAUCCUUCAGGACUACAAGUCACUGCAGGACAUCAUCGCCAUCCUGGGCAUGGAUGAGUUGUCCGAGGAGGACAAACUGACGGUGGCCCGAGCCCGGAAGAUCCAGCGCUUCCUGUCCCAGCCCUUCCAGGUGGCCGAGGUCUUCACCGGCCACAUGGGCAAGUUGGUGCCGCUCAAAGAGACCAUCAAGGGCUUCAAGCAGAUCCUGGCAGGUGAAUAUGACCACCUGCCUGAGCAGGCCUUCUACAUGGUGGGGCCCAUCGAGGAGGCGGUGGCCAAGGCAGAGAAGCUGGCAGAGGAACACGCCUGAGCCCCCCUGAACACCCCCACAACAUCCCCGGCUCCGCUGGGGCCGGACUCCCAGUAUUUAACAUUUCCAAUAAAACAUUGCUGAAAACGUUU